AUGUUCCAGAUCAUCAGUGGGUUUCAGAUUCCUAAGCCCAAGGAUAGCACAAAGGGAGAAAUCAUUGAUCCAUUUAUCAAAGUUGAAGUGUAUGGAGUACCAUCAGAUCAAGCUGAAUACAAGACUAAAGUUAUUGAAAACAAUGGUUGG